CUGACCUCCAACGACAUCGUCUGGAAAGAUUCAUCUUGCGCUACGACGACGCACGCAGUACGGGGGCGAUGCGUACCGUAACCGAGGAUACAACAGGGACCGAAGGAACGGCACCAGGUGGUGGUGGUGGGGGAUCGGCAGCUACGAUUCAUCAACGUCUCGUCGUUCCACCUAUUAUUGGCCGGCAACACCACGUCGUCGUCGUCGAUCACGAUCACGAUCACGAUCACAUUGAUAACGAACAACGUGAAAGAUCAACGACGACGACGACGACAACGACGACGGCCAUCAUCACUGCUACCACGACGACGACUACUACGACGACGAUCCAUUUGCCUACGAGCGUACCUUACCAUCAACAGGUCACCAUCGUUGCGGACACCAACAACAAUCACGACCAUCAUCGCAACCUCGAGCAACAUCAUCGUCAUGAUCAUUGGAACAAGUGGCAGUUGCAUUCGCCGAACGGCGAUAGCGACAACAGUAACGGUAGUCAACGUGUGGUAGCCAUUACCAGAAACGAGAUAGAUCAACAGCAACAGCCUCAUCGGCAGCGACAACAGCAAAGACAGUCAACAGCUACCGUUCCGGUUCUCGGUUGUACAAAUCAUUCCUCGAUUACUACUACAACCACGACGGCCUUUACAGUCGCCUCAAGUAUGCUUCUACUACAGACACAAAGUCCAUUUGGAUGCAGCAGUUUUACGGAUUUGUUGAGCGUGCCCUACACGGAUUCUGCAGAUGCUGGAAGUUUGCCGGAAGAACUGGAUCCAUUUCCAGAAUUGCAGCUGGGUAAUCCGCAAGAUGAACCUCCACAAUCCCAACAAAGCGUUCAUCAUCAAACAGCCCAACCUCCUCCACCGCCACCACCCCUUCCCGAAGAAAUUCAACCUGAUUCGCUGAGUCCUACACCAUUGCCGAGCUUCCAAGAGACCUACACAGUGCCACGAUAUAGCAGACAAGAACUUCAGAGUCUCGGCAUCAAGAUGGAUGACGAUUGUUACGAAAAUUCGGUAUAUUCCUGCGGUACUCCUCAUUAUGCCACCGAAUUCACAUCGGGUGUUUCCUAUCACGAGCACCACAGCCAACAACAACCUCACCAGCCACAGCAACACCAUCAUCAUCAUCCCCAAGUUCAUCAACAACAACAACAACAACAACAGCAGCAGCAACAACAACAACAGACUCAGGCACAAGCACAUCAUCAUCACCAUCAUCAAGCUUAUUUUCCAACGGAAUCGGCACCAACGCCAACCGCGGCGCUACCGUCGCCGUCAAAUCAUCGGCAAGAUUCACCUUACGGAGUAGCAGUGACUGUACCAAUGGUAUAUGGUCAAGCACCAACCAUCACGGGUGGUUCGACCGUACCAGUAGCACCAACGGAUAUUUGUCCGAACCUCGAGAACGUCGUCGUUGGUCCUCCUCGUUCACGAAGGGCAUCCUUACCCACCCAAAGGUCGGAAUCGGCAAGUAGUGGCAGCAACGAGUCCCCUAAGGCACGCGGAGGAGGUGGUAACGCUAACAUCACGAGCAUCACUGGCAACACAGCAAACACGGCGAGUUCCGCGAGUUCCGUCAGCCCUCCGUCGUCCGGAAGCGGCAGUACCAGUGAACGUGCACCACCAAGUCCGAGCCAAUUGUGCGCCGUUUGCGGUGAUACAGCCGCGUGUCAGCAUUAUGGCGUGCGUACGUGCGAGGGUUGCAAAGGUUUCUUCAAGAGGACGGUACAAAAGGGUUCCAAAUACGUUUGCCUCGCUGAAAAAGCUUGCCCGGUCGACAAGCGUCGUCGAAAUCGUUGCCAAUUCUGUCGCUUCCAAAAGUGUCUCAUGGUCGGCAUGGUCAAAGAAGUCGUUAGAACAGACUCGUUGAAAGGUCGUCGCGGAAGGUUGCCUUCUAAACCAAAAUCACCGCAAGAAUCCCCGCCAAGUCCACCAGUAUCCUUGAUCACGGCUUUGGUUCGAGCUCAUUUAGAUACUACCCCGGAUCGAAUGAAUCUCGACUACUCGCAGUACAGACUAUCGAGACCAGGAGAUUUGUCCGUAACUGAGGCAGAAAAAAUUCAACAAUUCUACAGUCUAUUAACUACCUCGAUCGAUGUAAUUAGAAAUUUUGCCGACAAAAUACCUGGCUUCACGGAUCUGGCACGAGAGGAUCAGGAAUUGUUGUUCCAAUCUGCCAGCCUGGAACUAUUCGUCCUAAGGUUGGCUUACCGCACGAAACCGGAAGACACCAAGUUAACAUUUUGCAAUGGUAUCGUUCUCGCAUUGGAACAAUGUCAACGUAGCUUCGGCGAUUGGUUGCACAGCAUUCUCGAAUUUUGCAAAUCACUUCAUAGCUUGGACGUGGAUAUCAGCGCGUUCGCCUGUCUUUGCGCUCUUACCCUGAUUACCGAGAGGUACGGUUUGAAGGAACCACAUCGCAUGGAACAACUGCAAAUGAAAAUAAUCUCGUCGUUGCGCGAUCACGUAACUUAUGACGCCGAGGCCCAAAGGAAAACGCAUUAUUUGUCGCGUCUUCUCGGUAAGCUGCCGGAAUUAAGGAGUCUUUCGGUUCAAGGUCUUCAAAGGAUUUUUUACCUGAAACUCGAGGAUCUCGUACCGGCGCCACCCCUAAUUGAAACGAUGUUUGGUAGUAUACCCUUUUAAUCGUUUCCUCCUUCGUUAUACUAUCACUGUACCACUACCACCACCACACUACCACUACUAACACAAUCAUCACUACCAACCAACGCCACAAUCACACCCUAAACGAAGCCUAAGGCUACAACAAUUUCUAAUCUCGUAAGACGUACUUAAACGCGCGCGUCUUCGAUGAUUAUUAUCCUACGUAUGGUUGACUCUUAUCAAAAUUCCACUUUUACUAAAUACUUUCUUUUCAAUUUAUUAUUAUGCCUAGCCUGGCUUUCGUUAUAUCUUCAUUAUGCGUGUUGUUUACACAAGUGCGCGCGGCUGUUGUUUGUAAGUGUAUUUUAUUGUCCUUUCGAAUGAGCUUAUCGAGGAGCAGCUGAACAGAUUAUAAUUGUCCUUUAUUUUAUCCUUAUCUACAAAUGUAAGUCCCCGAGAAUGAAUUUAAUAUAUUAUUAUUAUUAUUAUUAUUAUUAUUAUUAUUAUUAUUAUUAUAUAUAGUAGAAUGUAGGCACAUAUUUUUACGCGUACGCAAUUGUACGUGUAUAUUAUGUACAAUCUUUGCGUUUGCGUAAUUAUGCGCAAAAUUAUUGAACGAAUGAGAGAGUGGAUGAAAGAAAGAAAACAAGAGAGAAAGAGAGAGAGAGAGAGAGAGAGAAAGAGAGACUGGAGAGAAAGAAUAAGCGCGAAUCUACGCGAUCGGAGUUAUCUUUUAAGGAAAAGUACCCCAAUGUGCGUGCCUGAAGCUCCGUAUGCGUUACUACUACUAUUAUUAUUAUUAUUAUUAUUAUUAUUAUUAUUAUUGCUAGUACUAUUGCUAUUACUAUAAUUAUUAUUAUUGUUACUAUAAUUACCAUUACUUACUAUAAUUAUUAAUAUCAUAACGUUACCUGCCCGUGCUGUCCGAUUGGUAGGAAACGGAAAGGAAAUGAUCGAACUAUCGAAGAAUCGAUGAACAAUUCGAAAAGCUUCUUAUGCGAGCGGACCACACGAUAUCGGCGAAAUUUCUUUCGUAUAACUUUUUGCUAUCGUUCUUAUCUUAUUAGAUUUUUAGAUCGAGCUUUGAAGAAAAGAGCGAGAGAGAGAGAGAGAGAGAAAAGAAAGUUGAAAGUGCGUUCGUUUUUGCGUGUGAGAAGAGAAAAGGGGAUGAUGAUGUAUUUAGGGGGG